AUGCAGACCGAGUCGCAUAUCCGUGACGUCGAGAGUAAUGCGACCGUCCAGGACAUCGACCUCAUUGGGCAGUUUGAAGUUGGUCAGCCUAUCCAGCAGCACUCUCACCAGCAAAUGCAGCCCGAGAGUCCCGCCGUCGCUGCCUGUCAAGAGGAAAAUGAAUGCGAUCUGGAGCGCACCGGCUGGCGCAAUGAGGUGGAAGGCCGACGUCAACGCGUGUCCCGAUACACCUCUUUUCUUCGCAGCCUUCGCAGCGUCCAUGCUCCCUCCAGCAAUGACGAUGGUCUGCACUCUGAUUCUCAUGACCCGUACUGA